AUGGACGUAAAACAGGCGAAUGUCCCUCUGGACAUUAUUGUAGUUGGAGCCGGCAUUGGCGGUAUGGCCGCGGCCUUGACACUGGGGAUGCGAGGUCACCGUGUAACGGUCCUUGAAGCCGCCCCAAAAAUCGCAGAGGUCGGAGCUGGAAUCCAAGUCUCUCCCAAUAUGUUAAGACUAUUUGAGCGAUGGGGUGUCUCGGACUCAAUCCACGCCCAAGAUGUGGCCUUGGAGCAUAUCUAUGUUCGACGAUGGGAAGAUGGCAGGCUCCUGACAUCAGUGCCGGUGAACAAGACAUUCGGCCAACAGGUUGUCAUUCAUCGCGCAGACCUGCACCAAGCCUUGAUCGACAGGGCGCUGGCUCUUGAUAAUGUUCAUCUCCGCGAGAAUUCCGUCGUUACAGAUGUCACAUUCAACCCUGCGUCUGUAAAAUUAGCCAACGGCACUGUACUGCAUGGCGACGUGGUUAUUGGCGCCGAUGGCAUCAAAUCCACGAUCCGAGGCCAACUGCUGGAGGACUCGUCAAUCAAGGCCAUCGCAACUGGUGACGCAGCGUACCGAAUUAUGCUCCCUCGCAGCGUCAUGGAGACAGAUCCCGACCUGAAGGAGCUCAUCGAUGAACCACAGGCGACUCGCUGGCUGGGUCCUUCGCGCCACAUUGUUGCAUACCCCGUGCGGAACCACGACUUGUACAACGUUGUUUUGCUGCACCCAGACAGCCAAGAAGUUGAGGAGUCUUGGACGACUAAGGGCUCGAAGCAAGCCAUGGUGGAUAAUUAUACUGGCUGGGACCCGAAGAUCAGGAAGAUCAUUGAUCUCGUGGAGGACGACGAGGUCCUCGAGUGGAAGUUGUGCCUGCACCGCCCACUAAAGACUUGGACUCGGGAAUCAGUAGCUCUGAUCGGUGACGCGUGUCAUCCGAUGCUCCCAUAUGUUGCCCAAGGAGCAGCACAGGCAGUCGAAGACGCCGCGGCGCUGGGUGUCCUGCUAUCGAUGAUCUCGUCACGGCAUGAAAUCCCACACGCACUCAAGGUCUAUGAGCAGUCUCGAAAGCCGCGCGCAGAGACAGUGCAGCAGUCCGGGUCCGAGAACCGCAUCACAUUGCACUUGCCUGACGGGCCGGAGCAACUCGCGCGAGAUGCACAGUUCCUGGAAUCGGCAAGUGGUUCGAACCCGGAUAAAUGGUCUGAUCGUGAGACGCAGCAGUUCUUAUGGGGCUGGGAUGCUGAGAAGAUGGCGUUGGAGGCUUGGAACAAUUUCGUGGAGGAUACCGAGGUGAAAGCCAAUCUUUAA